AUGCCCCCCGUCGGUGCUGGGCUGUGGCGCUCCUUGCCCGCCCACCAAGUCUACGGCGCCAACACUAAUGUCGGCAAGACAAUUGUCUCCACCGUUCUCUGCAAUGCUAUCCAGAACCAGAGAAAGAAGGCUGCCUUCUUGAAACCUGUCUCAACUGGCGCUUUAGACGAUGCCGACGACCGCCAUUUGUCGCGGUUCGGAGCUGGUACCCUCACCAAAUGUCUCUACCAGUUCGAUGAACCGGUUAGCCCUCAUCUCGCGGCGAGGCAGAAGAUGAUCCCGCGAGAUGACGAUCUCCUCGCCUCAAUUCAUCAGACUCUGUCCGACUGGGCUCGGUCGGACAUUGAUCUCGCCUUGGUGGAAACCGCCGGUGGUGUUCACUCACCAGGACCUAAUGGGAAUUCUCAGGCGGACCUCUAUCGGCCUCUCCGGCUGCCCAUUGUCCUAGUAGCCGAUUCGCGCCUCGGAGGCAUCUCCUCCUCCAUUUCCGCGUAUGAGUCACUUGUUCUCCGCGGUUAUGACAUUCAGUCCGUGCUAUUGUUCCGCGAUGACUACUACCAAAAUCAUGAAUAUCUGGCCGAUUACUUCAACAAGAAAAGUAUCCCGUUGGUCUCGCUCUCCGCACCACCUCCGCGGCCCCCGGUGGAGAAUGCCGACACUCAGGCCAGGGAUGAGGAAGCCAUGUCUUCCUACUACCGCCAAGUCUCCGCGGAGUCAGACAUUCUUCGUUUACUCGAAGAAUUGAACACUAAAAACCAGAAGCGCAUCACGCGUUUAGAAGAGAUGGCCGAUCGGGCGCAGGAUUUGAUCUGGUAUCCUUUCACUCAACACCAGGGCAUGAAACCAAAGGACAUCACUGUCAUCGACUCUGCUCAUGAUGAUUACUUCCAAACCUUUGGUUCGAGUCAAUCAAAGGAGUCGAGUGCGGAGUUGCGGCCAACUUUUGAUGGCUCGGCUUCGUGGUGGACGCAAGGAUUAGGCCAUGGAAACCCUGACCUGGCCCUCUCGGCUGCCUAUGCUGCCGGUCGCUAUGGCCAUGUUAUGUUUGCUGGUGCGGUUCAUGAGCCUGCACUUUCACUUGCGGAUCGUCUCCUGAAGACUAUUGGCAACCCCCGCUUCACGAAGGUCUUCUACACUGACAAUGGCAGCACUGGAAUGGAGGUGGCCGUGAAGAUGGGACUCCGUGCCGCUUGCGAUAGAUAUGGCUGGGAUGCCAGCCAGGAGCAGAUCAGCAUUCUCGGCCUCAAGGGGAGCUACCACGGUGAUACUAUUGGGGUGAUGGACUGCUCGGAGCCUUCUACUUUCAACCAAAAGGUUGAAUGGUACCGCGGUCGGGGCCACUGGUUUGACUUCCCUCUUGUCAAGAUGGUCAAUGGGACCUGGAAAGUUGAAGUCCCUGCUGAGUUGAAGGCCGACCUGGGCUCCGAGGAUGCCGAAUUCGAAAGCCUCGGAUCUGUUUUUGAUCUCGAGAAACGCUUGGGAUCAGAAGCCACUCAACGAUACAAGACCUAUAUCCACCGCACAAUCAAGGACCUCGUCGAGCGCCACGGUAUGAAAUUUGGCGCUCUGAUCCUCGAGCCCGUUAUCUUGGGAGCAGGUGGCAUGCUGUUCUGCGAUCCUCUUUUCCAACGCUGCUUGACCGAUGUUGUCCGUGAUCACCCAGAGCUCUUCUCCCCCAAUGCUUCGUCGCCGAAAUCAGCCCCAUCCUGGUCCGGCCUACCAGUCAUCUUCGACGAAGUUUUCACUGGUCUCUACCGCCUUGGCCGCCCAUCAUCUGCAUCCUUCCUCGACGUGCACCCCGACAUCGCUGUAAACGCCAAGCUGUUGACCGGUGGCUUGAUUCCUCUGUGCACUACCGUUGCAAGUCAAGAGAUUUUUGACACAUUCUCAAGCCCGGAGAAGAGUGACGCUUUGCUUCAUGGUCACAGCUACACGGCUCAUGCAGUAGGCUGCACUGUUGCUGUGGAUUCUCUCCGUACUAUGGACGACAUGGACAAGAAUGGGUCGUGGGAUGGAUUCAAAGCGGACUGGGAUUCCAAGUCGGUGACGUCUACCAGCGGGCCCUCCGAUGUUUGGAGUGUGUGGUCACAAAGCCUCCUUCAAGACCUCUCUCGCGCAGAGACGGUUGAGAGCGUAUUUGGUAUUGGUACAGUGCUCAGCAUCUCAUUGCGAGAUGCUGAGGGUGGAGGUUAUACAUCAACGGCCGCAAAGGGCCUUCAGCAGAAGCUGGCUGUUGGCGGAGAUCAAUUCAACGUCCAUUCGCGGGUUCUGGGCAAUGUCCUCUACUUGAUGUCCAGCGUUACAUCCAAGCCCGAAUCACUCAAGGAGAUGGAGAAGCUUCUUCGCUCGUCCUUGAUUUAA